UAUUGUCAACUGUCAUUUAAGUUUUCAAGUGUCAAAAAAUUUAUCAAAGUCGAAAAAGUAUAAUAUAAAUUGCUAUUUAGGACACACUAGAUUAUUGAUUUGUUAUUAUAGAAACAUUACAAACUGUGAAAGUUGUGAAUUUAAGUCUAUAUAAAAGUGAUAAUAGCCUUUUUCACAAUGGCUGAGCUUGCAGCGUUAUUACAAACGUUAAUUCCUGAAGGACGAACGCAUUUAACAGACAGUCAUACAAACCUCGAGCGUGUAGCGGAAUAUUGCGAAGCGAAUUAUUUUCAGUCAGAAAAUAAAAGACUUGCUCUUGAGAGCACUAAAAACUACACGACCCAAUCAUUAGCAAGCGUCGCUUAUCAAAUAAAUACACUGGCAUUCAACUUCCUGCAUCUGCUGGAACAGCAAACAAUCCAGUUGGCUGAAAUGGAAGGACAAAUGAAUCACAUUGCACAAACUGUAGCUAUACAUAAAGAAAAAGUGGCUCGGAGAGAAAUUGGUGUUUUAACUGCAAAUAAAGUGGCACCUAGACAGUACAAAAUUAUAGCACCAGCUAAUCCCGAGAAACCAAUAAAAUAUGUGAGAAAAAGUAUAGAUUAUUCAGCUUUGGAUGAUAUUGGUCACGGUGCUCGUUGGAAUGGAGGCUCUAGUGGUACACCACGUGGCCGGCGCUCAGUGUCUGCACAGGGCUCAGCCACUCUGCCUGCUCCCACUACCAAGCCCCCAACUCCACCAGCAGCAGUCCGAGCUGCCUCCGCAUCUAACACUGGCACUCUUGGACGAGGCACUCUCGGCAAAUCAUCACGUGAGUACCGCACGCCCCCGGCGGUGGCGCCUCCCCAAGUGCCGUCGCAUUACGCGCCUAACUACCCACGUCGUCCGCCCGGGUAUUCCACUCUACCUGUAGCACAGCCACAGGUUGGCAUGGUACAUCCUAAUCAGCAUCAGACAAAUUCCAAUUAUUCCCAGCAAGAUUUGCAUUCAAGUAUGCCGCCUCCACCUUCUCCAUUGAUUGGGUCUGAUGGAGAGCACAGUCAGCAUUCUAUGAGUCUACCGGGACAUGGUAAGAUGGGAGGACCGUACUCCAGCGCUGUGCCUGCCAUCGUACCUGACGAGGAGGACCUUCCGGGCUGGGUGCCCAAGAACUACAUUGAGAAAGUGGUAGCGAUCUACGACUACUACGCGGACAAGGAGGACGAGCUGUCGUUCCAGGAGAGCGCCGUGAUCUACGUGCUGAAGAAGAAUGACGACGGCUGGUGGGAGGGCGUCAUGGACGGCGUCACCGGACUCUUCCCCGGCAACUACGUGGAGCCCUGCGUGUAACAGCGCGCCAGCACUGGACUGGAUUAGUGUAUGCUAACGCCAAUUCAUACAAUCCAUGAUAGCCUGCGUUACAACUGAACUGGCCUGUGUGAACCAGGUGUUAUAGCUUUCCAGUCGUAACACUAGUAUAGAAAGUUGUCAACCCUGAAAUAUCUAAUGUAAUGUGGAGAAAAAAAAGUAUACCACGAACUUGAUGUAUUUGCAUUGUUGAUAAAGAAAAAUCGAAUUAUAAAAUUUUUGUUUGUGUUUAAAAAUUUUCCAAAUAAUUCCAGUCAGUGCUACAGUCUUGCCUGGGUCGUAAAUACAUAAAAAUUGUAUGUGAAAGUAAUAAAUGACAGUUAGUAUUAUGUAAUAUGUAAGGGUAGUAUUUUAUUAUUAUUCAUAUGAAAUAGAACCCCGAGUAGAUAAGGUUAUUAUAACUUACAAUAAAACUAGUUAUUAGUAUGGAAUCAUUCGAAAACAAUGCACUAUUUUUAGGAAUACUUAGGAAUAUUUGAAUGUUAAAUGGUAAUUAUAAGUUCUUAAGGUAUAUAAAAAUUGCUUGCAGAAAUGUUAAGCUUAAGCACUGUUUUAUUAAAAAAAAAUUAUCUGAUUUUUUCUUUUUAGAAUUAAGUGAAAUUACUUACUUUAGGAUAUCAAUGUAAGUAAGAAAUUGCGUAUUACUCUAAACUUUUUUUUUAUUAUUUUACUGAAAUUAUACAAACAUACUAUUUAUGUUCUUAUGUAGUAGAGUAACAUUACCACAUGGUAUGUAGGUCAAAGAAGGUACAAAAAGAACCCAAAACAGAAAGUUCUAUAUGUCAUUCAUUUCUUUUAUAACAUCAUUCAACUUGGAGGUGUCCAAUUUCUAUUAUACACUAAUUUAUUUUAUAGUAUAUUGUUUAAUAUUGAAGACAUCUAUAGAUGAUAGAAGUUUAAAAAUAUUUAGUUAUACAGCAGUUAUCUGCAAAAUAGUGUAGUAUUAAUUAAUUCUUAUAAGUUGGCAAUUUAUAUUCUGAGUAAAUAGUUAUAUUA